CUGCUCACAUGCCCAGUGUGUGCCAGUGCAACUCAGUGCCAUCCCACUGCUUGCCUUGCGAAGGAAUUGAAUUCUGCUGCAGCUGGCUUUGCACACAGUGAUCCAGCCUUGCUUGAAUGCAAAGGUCCUGCCGCCCCUCUUCUUGCCCUGUUCACUGAUAGUGUCUGCAGUGCGGAUAACACACACAACAUCCUCGCCAGCCUUGCUGUGCACUUCCCACCAUGCCGCUCCGGCUCAUUCUGCUAUUCUACACGCUGCAAGUUGCAGAUGCAGGACUGUUCCAAUACCCGCCCUUAGUCAGAGCCGAGGUCGGGAGCAGCGUAAACUUGACCUGCCAUAUCGGGGACAUGAGUGGAAAGUGUUUCACUGUCAUCUGGUUCAAACUGCGGUCCAAGAGCAUCCCGACCCUGGAAACUUAUCAAAGUGUCAGAGCCGGUAGCAGCUUGGUAGGCGACGAAAUCGAGAAAACCUGUUCCAUGAACCUAAACAACGCGCAGGUGAACGAUUCCGGGACUUACUAUUGCGCUUUGAUCAGGAGCCCAGUCAUGUACUUGGGCAAUGGAUCCACGUUAGUAGUACGAGAACGCUCCGAUGACCGCGCUUAUAUUGAAAUCCUCACCCCUUCAGAGUCAGACGGCGAAGUCCAGUCCAGCGGCGCCGCUACUUUAGUGUGCCUGGUGUUCGGGGUAUCCGAGCAGGCUCGUGUCUACUGGGUCAUAGAAGAAGAUGUCGAAUACGAACCCGACUCCGGGUCCAGAGAUUCCAGCGAGUCCACUCCGGACUUUAUCAGGAAUCAGAUCACCAUUCCGGGCGAGGUCUGGAGCAGCGGGGCCGUGUGGACUUGUGUAGUGGAAACAGAGAGCGGGCGCAAUAUGAGCAAAAGCGCGAGCAAAAGCGUGAGCAAAACCGGGAGCGGUGCGUGUCCACUCUUCCUCUAUGGGUCGCUGGCGGCAGCUUCAUUUCUUCUGAUUACUCUGUUAAUUACACUGGCAAUAUGCUAUCGAAGACAGAAUAAACCAGGUGCGUAUUUGGCAAAUGAACGAUCGACGUAUUCCGAGAUUCGCGUUACAGGGAGGGCGCCAGACAAACACAUAGCAGGGCAACGUGAAAACACGGGUUCUGGAGGAAGGCACGCCAGACCAAAGAUAAGAGCAGCGGAGCAGGAUGACGUGCAGUACGCCAGUCUGCAGCUCGAGGCGGGUAGGAGACGGAAAUGAAGACCGGGGCUGGACAGAUUAUUAGAAACACCUGCGUCAUGUAGCACACACUUCUGUGUAACUGCACUGU